GAUUAACCCUGGUUCUGGCUCUGGCAACUCUCAUAUCUGCGUUUGGUUCGUCAUUCCAGUAUGGUUAUAACGUAGCUGUGAUCAACUCUCCAUCACCGUUCAUGCAGGAGUUCUAUAACACCACCUACCUGGAACGCUACGGCAAACCAAUGGAGGGAACCUUCCUCACUCUGCUGUGGUCCUUGUCUGUGUCUAUGUACCCGCUUGGAGGCUUCUUCGGCUCUCUGAUGGUGGCCCCUCUAGUCAACAAACUUGGGAGGAAAGGCACCCUCCUCUUCAACAACAUCUUCUCCAUCGUCCCUGCUGUGAUGAUGGGAGUCAGUGAGAUCUCCAAGUCCUAUGAGGUCAUCAUCGUGGCGAGAUUUAUAGUGGGCAUCUGUGCAGGUCUGUCUUCAAACGUGGUGCCCAUGUAUCUGGUAGAACUUGCCCCCAAAAACAUGAGGGGAGCCCUCGGCAUCGUGCCACAGCUCUUCAUCACCAUUGGCAUCCUCUGUGCACAAGUGCUAGGCGUCAGGAACAUACUGGGCAACAGCACAGGUUGGCCUCUCAUGCUGGGUUUGACGGGUAUUCCUGCCCUGAUUGAGCUCUUGCUGCUGCCCUUCUUCCCAGAGAGCCCCAGAUACAUGCUCAUAACACGAGGAGAUGAGAAGACAGCAAAGAAAGCAUUACAGCGUCUGCGCGGCUGGGACGACGUAGAUGCAGAGCUGUCAGAGAUGCAUCUGGAGGACCAGUCUGAGAAGGCUGAGGGCCACCUGUCUGUUCUCAGCCUGCUGUCCCAGCGCUCCCUCCGCUGGCAGCUGUUCUCCAUUAUCAUCAUGAACAUGGGCCAGCAGCUGUCAGGGGUCAAUGCGAUCUAUUACUAUGCAGACAGCAUUUAUGCCUCUGCAGGAGUUAAGCAGAAUGACAUCCAGUACGUCACCGUGGGAACAGGUGCAGUGAACGUCUUCAUGACCGUAGCAGCUGUGUUCAUCGUGGAGGCCUCGGGACGACGCCUGCUCCUCCUCGUUGGGUUUGGGAUCUGCUGUGGAGCCUGUGUGCUGCUCACUAUUGCUCUUAACUUCCAGGAGAGCGUGACGUGGAUGCCCUAUGUCAGCAUCGCCUGUGUUAUCAUCUACGUCAUAGGACACGCCAUAGGACCCAGUCCCAUUCCUUAUGUGGUGACCACUGAGAUGUUCAGGCAGUCAGCCCGACCCGCUGCCUUCAUGGUCGCGGGCUCGGUCCACUGGCUCUCCAACUUCACUGUUGGCCUCGUCUUCCCCUUCCUAGAGAGAGGCCUGGGCCCCUACAGCUUUAUCAUCUUUUCCUUCAUCUGUCUGGUCACGCUGGUCUACAUCUGGCUGGUGGUCCCUGAGACCAAGAACAAGACCUUCCUGGAGAUCUGCCAGAUGUUCGCAAAGAGGAACAAAGUGCAGAUCAAACUGGGUGAUGGGGAUCUGCCACUGAAAGAGAGCAAAGAAAAGCUGGAGGAUGCAGUGCAGGUCACGGCCUUCUGAAGACAAAUAAGAGCAUUCAGGGGAGAGGAAGUAUGCGCUCUGGGGAGGAUUAUAAUGGAAUGGAAAUGUUUUAAUCAAGGCUUUGUUGUUUAUUUCAAAAGGGAUCUUUGCACAACUUCUUUUUGUAUGAUUUUUUUUGUGAAUAAAUUAAAUAUCUUUG